AUGUCUGUGCAGCUGCCCCUCUCCUCCCACUUUGGAGAAUGCCCAGUCCAGCUUCACCCUUCUUCACUGGUGGUGAGAUAUGGAGGUUCAGCAUCAGCAAACUGCACCGUGUCUGAAGGUCACCUGGGGGUCGGCUGGGAGGCUUCACAAGGAUCUGUAGAUAUGGUACAAGAUGUCCAGCUUAUUACCUGGAGAGUGGAGAACCUGACAAAAUGGCAUAUUGAACCAAAGUGCUUUGUGAACUUCAUGAAUGGUACAGACUUUGACCAGUGUAUAGAAGCGCUCCAAGUCACUCUCUACAAGACUCCAGACAGUGUGUCCAUCAGCUCUGUGGAUCACACCGGCCCGAUGGUGGAGGGGAGACAGUACCAGCUCCAGUGUGAGGUCCAGAACAUCGCUCCUGUUCAGAGCCUCACUGUGAAGUGGUACAGAGGGGAGAUAUUAGAGAGUGAAAGCUCUUUUAACAACAGCAGUAAGACACCUAUGAAUGUGUCCUCUACCCUCACAAUCACGCCCAGCAGAGCUGACGAUGGAGCUCAGUACAGCUGUGUGGCAGAGCUGGAACUGGGACCUGAAGGACCACAACCCCCCCCUGAAGUGAAGUCUGAGCCCCUCAAAAUCACUGUGCACUAUGGUCCUAGUAUUGAAACCAUACCUUCUCCCCACCCUGUGAUCAGAGGAUACUCCGUGGAGCUGAUCUGCAAUGCCAGUGGUCACCCACCCCCGGAGGUUGAGUGGUGGAGGGAUGGGCAGGCUGUGGGUGAGGAGGGAGGCAAGCUCGUUAUCUCCAAUGCAAAAGAGGAGCACGCAGGAGAGUACACCUGCGUAGCCCGAAACUCUGCUUGGAACACUAGUGCAGUGGUGCAGGUGGAGCUGAAAGAGAACUACCUCCCCAUCAUUGCAGGGCUGGUGGCUCUGGUGGUUGUGGUAAUCUCCAUCGUCUUCAUCUUCAUAUACUCCAUCUACUACAAGAACACCAAGAUGGGCCACUACAGCCUGAAGAGCUGCAAGCUGAGCGGUCAGAACGGCAACGUGGCGCAGAACGGCAGGGACAGCAACCUGCCCAUGAAGAAGCUGACGCAGCCCAAUGUGUACGCCUAG